UUUAACGCUAUUCCUAACUACUUUUGCGGCUGUCCCCAUAAGCUAUUCAUCGAAUGUCUCUAUAAACAAAAGAAAAAAAAAGGAAAUGGGUCAGGCAAUUCCAUACUUUGAACUGAACACCGGAUCUAAGAUUCCCUCUGUUGGACUGGGAACAUGGCAGGCUGCUCCUGGAGUAGUUGGCAAUGCUGUUGCCGCUGCUAUCAAGCUUGGAUAUCGGCAUAUUGAUUGUGCUCAAGUCUAUGGGAAUGAAAAAGAGAUUGGUUCUGUUCUGAAGAAGCUGUUUGAAGAUGGUGUUGUGAAGCGUGAAGAUCUUUGGAUCACAUCCAAACUCUGGUGCAAUAAUCAUGCACCGGAAGAUGUACCAGAGGCAUUAGAGAGUACCUUGCAAGACUUGCAGUUAAACUAUCUAGAUCUUUAUCUAAUUCAUUGGCCUGCCAGCAUGACAAAGGGAACAGUUGGAUUUAAUCCUGAGAACCUAACCCAACCUGACAUACCCAGUACAUGGAGAGCAAUGGAGGCACUAUAUGACACAGGCAAGGUUCGAGCUAUUGGAGUAAGCAAUUUCUCUACAAAGAAGCUUGGAGAUCUGUUGGAGGUAGCUCAUGUUACUCCUGCUGUACUGCAAGUGGAAUGUCAUCCUGUCUGGCAGCAGGCUAAGCUACGUGCAUUCUGUGAAUCCAAGGGAAUUCAUAUAACUGGGUAUUCACCAUUGGGUUCCCCAGGCACAGAAACUGUCAAGACGCAGGUCCUCAAGAACACAGUUUUGAAUAUGGUUGCAGAGAAAUUGGGCAAAUCCCCUGCUCAGGUAGCUCUUCGUUGGGGGCUGCAAAUGGGUCAUAGUGUAUUGCCUAAGAGUACAAAUGAAGAGAGGAUCAGAGAAAACUUUGAUGUUUUUGAUUGGUCUAUACCCAUGGACUUGUUUGUCAAGUUUUCUGAAAUUGAGCAGGUAAGUUACUUAUCCUUUUUUCAUGGCUGGUUUAUUGAAAGGCAGAUCAGCGGCGGUUGGUUUGUGCAUGAAACAUUCGGGGCGUACAGGACCCUGGAAGAACUAUGGGAUGGUGAGAUCUGAACAUACGCCGAAAGCUUGAGAGCCUAAACAAUUUGUCCUUUACAUACGCGUUUGUUUCGGAAGAAAAUACCUUAGCUCUUGUAAAAAUGCUUCAUGCUGCUGCUAAAUUUUAAAAUAAGGGAAGGAACAGUAUUUAGUAUUUAAGCAUUCUACUAUUUUGGAUACAGAUAUGGUGAAAUACAACUUGAUGGUAUCUUCCAAUGUAAGAAUAAUUAUUAAAAAACCCAUUUUCGAAAUCCAAUCUUCC